ACGAAAGCGAUAACCAUGCUUUUGUGUUUUUAGCCCAUGAAUGAUCAUGGCAAGCAUCUUCCACCAUCCAGACUAAAAUAAUUUCCCUUCCUUUUUCCUGAUGAUAAAUCUAAAGUUGUGACAACAAAAUCCCCAACGCCACGGCUCCAAAGUGAUUCGAUAGACAUUUUUCUCCAACUGAAAGAAAUCGUUCAACUUGUUAUAAAGAUCAUCAACACUGAGAAAAUCAACUUGUUGAGACGUCUUUGUCGAUCGUCGUCUUAGCUUGGUCUCUCCACUCUCUAGCUAUAAAUUCAAUUCUCCUCAAAACCCUGAAAGCUCAAUCCCUUCGACUUAAUUCACCAACCCACGUCCAAAAAAAAACUUCCCCGCCAUGAGAUGCCUCUGGCCUUCAAGCCUGACGUAUAAUUGCAUGCCUCAGAGCAAUAAUAGCGUCCCCUGUUUCCACUUACCCGCCGGUGUCGGCGCUCUCUUUGGCUGCCACUCUCAGAGCCAAGUCCAGAGCUCUGGUUUUCUGGAGGUGGAGGCGGAAGAGCAGAAGCUGAGCCUUGCGGAGGAGAGACGGAAGAGGAGGAUGAUGUCGAACCGGGAGUCGGCGCGCCGAUCCCGGAUGCGGAAGAAGAGGCAGCUCACUGAACUGUGGUCGCAGGUGGUGUGUCUCCGGUCGGCCAACUGCCGCCUUCUCGACGGCUUGAACCACGCUCUGAGAGAGCGCGACGGGGUUCUCCUCGAGAACGACCGGCUCAGGGAACAGGAAAAAGAGCUGCUUAAGAAGCUCGACGCAGCAGCAGAGUUUCAAAUCCAAACAAUCAACGAGAGCGAAUUCUCAAAAUGCUAACGAACACCAACGAGAUCGUGUUCUCUUUUUAUGAGAAAAAAAGAUGCAGAGUGGUGUUGAUCUCUUCGAUUAUUUUCCUUUAGUUGAUCAUGAUUGUUCAAUGAUAAUUGCUAUU